AUGUCCCUCCGCAUAGCCCCUCCCACUCACCAUGCCUCCUACACCGACAACACCAUAGGCCGUAACUACACCUCUACCGGCGCCUCAACCGGAGCGGCACCUCAUCCCAGCAAAGGCGCGCCCUCAGCCCCCGGACUACCAGACACCCUCCGAAACAAAAUCACACUGCAAGCGCCCCACGGCUCCCCUUCAGAGAAUGCAUCUACCAUCCCAACAUCUGCACACCCGCUUGAGGCGCGCCUUUUGGCCUGGCGCGAAACCCAGGAUGCGUUAAAGAUGGAAUCCCUACGACGAGCGUACGGCAUGGCCGAGCCGAUUAGACGUGGGAUGGAGUUGAAGAUUGUCCGUGAUUCGAGUUUUACGCCUAUGCUGUUGGGAGGGCCGAGAAGAAAUGGCGGCAAUUUGCAUGAGGAUAUUUUGGUGCUUGGUGGGCGGGAUACGGAGAUUGGCUGGGAGGAUGUUUUCCAUGGAGAUGAGUUCCGUGAACCCCCGGCCUUCCACGAUGAGAUGGAGAAAAGACUCAAGAUGGACUGGUAG